UGCGGCUCUGACCCUCUGGUUGCCACGUUAGAACAAACAGCAGCAGCUCCAUCAGACCUGAACCCAGCCGAAACCACCAGAACCACUAGAACCACCAGAACCAGGACCACCAGGACCACCAGCCCUCCUGUCCCUGUUCACCUGUCGUACCUGUGGAGCUCCACACCUGAACCCGCACCAUGCUGCAGCUCCUGCUCGUCCUGUCCGUGUGUGCAGCCUGUAGCCGGGCUGCUGGUCUCCCUGAGGAGGAGGACGUCCUGGUGCUGAAGAAGUCCAACUUCGACGAGGCUCUGAAGGCUCACCCCAACAUCCUGGUGGAGUUCUACGCCCCGUGGUGCGGCCACUGCAAGGCUCUGGCUCCGGAGUACGCCAAGGCGGCCGGCCUGCUGAAGGCGGAGGGCUCGGCGGUGCGUCUGGGGAAGGUGGACGCCACCGAGGAGACGGAGCUCGCUCAGGAGUUCGGCGUCCGCGGAUAUCCAACCAUCAAGUUCUUCAAGGGAGGAGAGAAGGAGUCCCCCAAGGAGUACUCUGCGGGCAGACAGGCUGAUGACAUCGUGGCCUGGCUGAAGAAGAGAACCGGGCCGGCGGUCGCCACGCUGACCGGAGUCACCGAGGCCGAGUCUCUGAUCGCUGACAGCGAAGUCGCCGUCAUCGGAUUCUUCAAGGAUGCUGAGUCAGCGGGAGCUAAAGCCUACGAGAAGGCAGCUGAAGCUACAGACGACAUUCCCUUCGCCGUCACCGCCGACGACUCCAUCUUCACCAAGUUUGAGGUUACCAAGGACAGCGUGGUCCUCUUCAAGAAGUUUGAUGAAGGACGCAAUACCUUCGACGGAGAGCUGAGCAAAGAGAACCUGCUGGCCUUCAUCAAGGCCAACCAGCUGCCUCUGGUCAUCGAGUUCACAGAGCAGACUGCCCCUAAAAUCUUCGGGGGAGAAAUCAAGUCCCACAUCCUCAUGUUUUUGCCCAAAACCGCUAAAGACUUCCAGGACAAAAUGGACCAGUUCAAGAAAGCUGCAGAGGGAUUCAAGGGUCAGAUCCUGUUCAUCUUCAUCGACAGCGACGUGGACGACAACCAGCGUAUCCUGGAGUUCUUCGGCCUGAAGAAGGAGGAGUGUCCCGCCAUCCGCCUCAUCACGCUGGAGGACGAGAUGACCAAGUACAAGCCGGAGAGCGACGCCAUCACCGCCGACAGCAUCACGGCCUUCUGCAAGCUCUUCAUCGAGGGAAAACUCAGGCCUCACCUCAUGAGUCAGGACAUCCCUGAUAACUGGGAGGAAACGCCCGUCAAGGUUCUGGUCGGCAAGAACUUCGAGGAUGUCGCCUUCAAUCCCUCUAAGAACGUCUUCGUCGAGUUCUAUGCACCGUGGUGUGGACACUGCAAACAACUGACUCCCAUCUGGGAGAAACUGGGAGAGAAGUACAAGGACAGCGCUGACAUCAUCGUGGCCAAGAUGGACUCCACAGCCAAUGAGAUCGAAGCAGUCAAAGUCCACAGUUUCCCCACUCUCAAGUUCUUCCCUGCAGGAGACGAGCGCAAGGUGAUCGAUUAUAACGGGGAGAGAACAUUGGAAGGCUUCACCAAGUUCCUGGAGAGCGGCGGGAAGGAGGGAGGAGCGCCGGCAGGAGACGACGACGACCUGGACGCUGAGGAUCUAGAGGAUGUGGAGGACGGACAGGACAUGGACUCUGACGGCGAGGACGAUGACGGACACGACGAGUUGUAAGAGCUGGAGGAGGAGAGAGGAGACGAGUCCCGCCCCCAAGACCUCCACCCAGUCACCCCCUGUCCUGUGAACAUUAAUCCCCCUUUAACUGCCUCUCACUCACUCACUCACCUCCUCACUCAGUCACGGUGGCUCUCUCUACGGCCUCCUCCUGACUGGACGGCCCCCCCCCCCCCGGCCGGCUGGGGGCCUCUGUGGAGCAGCUCCACCUCUAUGGGACCCUCGAUGCCUUCUCUACAAGCUCCAUCAGCUGUCUGCCUUGUAUAUUAUUAUAAACCAAAUGUAAAAACGGCAUUGAGAUCCACUUUUCAAAAUGUUUGUUUGGUCUCUCCUCUUAUAGAGAAGCUGGAUGUGUGUGUGGGGGAGGGGGGGCUGCCCAUGUUCUCGUCCCUCUGAUGGAACCAGAGAAGAAGAAGUCUGGAGGUCUAGAUCUCUCAGGGGACACGGGGGGCCACAUCUAUACAUCUAUACAUCUAUACAUGUCUUUAUGUUGCCAGUCUGACACUGCAAACAGCUGUUUAACACCAGAUAAAACAGUAAAUCUGAGGGAGAUGAUCUAAUAAUAAUUUACCUUGUUUACCAUUUAUUAAAUUAAGAUUAUUAAAUCUAGAAAUAAGCAUGUUGAACACUUAAAAUAAGAAAUUAACUCUUAAAACCAGAUAAAUGAUCUAAGACUUCUAAAUCUAAACGUUUUUUUUAUCUUGGUAAGAACCAAAUAAUCAUCAGGUCACUCUGCUCGGGCCAGUUCAUCACUGCUGGCAGCUUUACUUUAUCUGGUUUUAACAGUUCAUUUCUUAUUUUAAGUGUUCAACAUGCUUAUUUCUAGAUUUAAUAAUCUUAAUUUAAAUUAAGGUAAAUUAUCUGUCCAUGCAGCAAGAUCAUUUCCCUCAGAUUUACUGUUUGAUCUGGUUUUUAAACUCCUUUUUACAGUGAAUAAAGUAAAUAAAGCCCACAGAGCUUCUCCAGUGUAGCACCCCCCCCCCCCCCCCCCUUAUAUCUGUAGCUAAGACCAAUAAUAGUUUUUCUUUUUUCCGGCGGGGGGGUCGUCAACUCUUUCAUUCCCAAAUAAUUUUCCACUUGAGUCUCUUUCUCUUCUUCCGCGCGGCUACUGACUCUUUUCUAACAGGAACAAACGUUUAACUUUCGGGGGAAAAUCCUAUUUUUUAUUUAAUUGCUUUCACUAUGAGGUUUUGUUUUGUCUUUUUUUUAAUUUAGGACUUGUCAUUUUUUAAUGAUGUACCAUCGUGCCCAGCUGUUGGGGCAGAGUUGGCCCCUGGACUCACUCUCAGACCGGGUUUAGGGGGUUUUGGGGGGUUUAGAGGGUUUUUGGGUUAGUUUUGUGUUUUUGAGCC